AUGAUUAGUAGACUCACAAAGUUUAUCAAUGAGUUGUCAUCUCUAGGAAAGGUUCUCACUACUGAGGAGCAAGUUGACAAGGUGCCGAGGAUUCUUCCACAAGCGAAAUGGGAUAUAAAAGUCAUUGAUAUAAGGGAAGCUAAAGAUAUCUCCAUAAUGACACUUGAUGCACUUGUGGGAAAUCGCAGAACAUAUGAGAUGAAUAUGGAUGACUUAAAGAAGGAGCAAAUGCUCAAUGAAAAAUCAAUGGCCCUAAAAGUAUCUGAUGAAGAAGAAUUUGAUCUAGAUGAUAAACAAAUGGCAUUCCUGGAAAAGAACUUUAAAAAAUUCCUUAGAAAAGGAAAAGGGAAUGAAAGGAAGGAAACAAGUACUAAGAAGUGGUCAAAUGAAAAAUCUCAGUUUGGCUGCUACAAGUGUGGAAAGAUUGAUCAUCAUAUCAAGGAUUGUCCACAAUGGGAAAUUAAAUGGAGGAAAGAAAGAGCUGAAAAGGAAAGGACCGCAAAACAAAAGGAGGAAUGUGCAAUGAUAGCUGCUUGGGGAUCAGGAACUGAAGAAUCUAACUCAGAUCUCGAGGAGGUAGAAAACUCUGAGGAAGAAUGUGCUGAGGAAGCUGCUUGGGGAUCGGAAACUGAAGAAUCUGAAACUAAUGAAACAUCUCUCAUGGCUGCAGGAGACUCAAAUCUUGAGGAAGAAGAAAACUAUGAGAAAUUUGAGUGCAUGGAACUCAAAAGUUGCAAAACUAUAACUGAUGAACAAAAUAGUUGUCUAAAGAAACAAGUUGAAAAACUUGAGUAUUUUAAUCUGGAUCUAAAAUCUGAAGUCUUAAAGAUGUCAAUAACUGGACAAGGAAAGGAAAAACUGAGUGAAACUGAAAUAAAAUUGGCAAAAGUGAAAGGAAGCAAGCAUUGGUAUAUGGAUAGUGCUUGUUCGAAGCAUAUGACUGGAGACAAAUAUAAAUUCCUUUCACUCAUUGCAUUCAAAGGGGGAAGUGUUUCAUUUGGAGAUGGAAAAAAAGGUACUAUUGUAGGAGUCGAGAAGAUUGGAAAGUCCAAAUCCAAAGCACUGGAAGAAGUGUACUAUGUGAACAUGCUAAAACAUAAUCUGUUCAACAUCUCUCAACUAUGUGACAAAGGUAAUAAAGUAAUUUUUACUUCUGAAGGUUGCAGGGUUGAAAAGUUGGAUACAAAGGAAGUUGUCUUAACAGCUAAAAGACAUAGAAAUGUGUACAAAGUUGACAUCAUGGGAAUGUCAGGAACAACUCUGAAGUGUCUCAAUGAAAUGGCUAAUGAUCCCUUACUAUGGCACAAAAGACUUGGACAUGCAAGUUUGAAGCAAAUAAACAAAUAG